UCGUUUUGGGAUUAAAAUUUAGCAAUUGAAAAAAAUCCCCGUCUGUUGAAUUUCAUAUCGAUUUCACCUAUUUUCAAGGUUUCGUUUAGUAUCAAUCGGAAACAAGUUGGAAUCGCAGCACUGAACUCCACCGCCAGUCACAAACUCCGUCCAGGUUGUGUAAGAUUCCUGAACUUUACUUUCUUUCACAAUGGCUAACAAAUCUAAAGAAGAACCUAACACUGCUCCCAAACCUGAUACAUGGUACAAUCUCACGUUAGGACCUUCUUUCAAAGAUGAUUCCGCUAACAAAUACUGCACUCUCCGAUAUGAAUUUAAGCCGGCUUCAGUUGAUAAGACUAAGCCAGGAUUGCUACGCAAGACCAAAGAGAAUAGAGUUUCUGUGGAGUUUCAGAACAACCAAGUUGGAAAACCCAAGGUGACGUUUGAGGGAAAUAGCGAGGAAUACAAGGAAAAUGAUGCUGUCUUGUUCUUUGAUGGUCGUACACUUCGAUUGGAGCGGCUUGAUAGAGCUGUAAAGCAACUGCGCCAUCUUCGAAUGCCUGGGGAGUCUUCAGCUGUUGCUUCUGGAACUCCAUCUGGACCAGCUUUGGAUCCUCGGUCAUCCCCCAUUGGGAAGACUGUAAAACCAGCAUCUUUUGGCAGUGCCCGGAGCUCAAAUCAAGCUGUUGCAGUUGAAGUGGAACGUAUUGAUACGGGUGAACCUGAAAAUUCUGACAUCAGAUCUGGUUCCAAGAGGUCAUAUGAUCAACUAAAUGAACCACCGCCUGUUUCUAUUACCUCACCAGCUGCCAUAGAUGAAGCUGAGGAACAUAGAGAUAUAGACAUUGAUGACCUAUUUGGAAGUGGAACACCUGAGAAUGACAAUAACGUUGAAGAAAAGGAUAAUGUUGGAUUUGACAUGAAUGUUCCAAUCACUGAUGAUGAGAUUGCUGAUGUGGAUGAUAGUGGGGACGAGGUGGACAAAGGACCCAAUGCCGCUGAAGCUCUCAGAGACCUUGUGAAUGCAGAGGGAGCCCAUGUGAAUGCAGAGGGGAAGGGCGAAGAAUCAUCUUCUUCUAGCAGCAGCAGUGACAGUGGAAGCAGUAGUGGUAGUGACAGUGGAAGCAGUAGCGGCAGUGAUAGUGGAAGCAGCGAUGACGACUCAGUUACCUCAAUAUAAAAUCGUACAACCAUGAUUUUUUUUGUCUUCUUUAUUUUCCUUUUAUCAUCUAUCGUUUUUGUUGCAAAUAAUCCAAUGUAUAUAAUGUGUUUAUUAAGCCUGGGUUAGAAGAGUGUAGAUUCUAAAAGGUUGAGAAUUUUGUUAUUUCCGACAAAAUAUGUUGUUGGAGGAAUCUUGCAGUAAAAAAUUGAUUCCUGUAUAGGUAAAACUAAUUUGUAUCCCUAACUGCUAAAUAUUAGGUUUUGCUUAGAGUAUCUUUGAUUAA